CUUCCCCAGAGCGAGGGCUGCCCCAUCAGAGCGGCUGAGAUCCCUUAUCAAGGGUUUGGGGCUGAGAUGGAGGGAAUCCUGGGGACCCAGAAGAGCAUGCCCUGCCUGAAAACCCUGCCUGGAAGCCCCGAGCACCUGCCCUAACCGAGCUCCCGCUGCCUGUGAUUCCUACUUGGACGCCCUCUGUGUGAACAGCCCCUCAACAUGAGCUACAGUCUCCACCUGACCUUCGUGUGUCUGAGCCUGUUGGCUCCAAGGACCUACGUCCGGGGGAAUCAGUUCAACACUGAGGUCAGAAGAAGCGACAAGCUCUCCCUGCCUGGCUUCGAGAACCUCACAGCAGGAUAUAACAAAUUCCUCAGGCCCAACUUUGGUGGAGAACCAGUUCGGAUAGCACUAACGCUGGACAUCGCAAGCAUCUCUAGUGUUUCUGAGAGCGACAUGGACUACACGGCCACCAUCUACCUCCGACAGCGCUGGACGGACCAGAGGCUGGUGUUUGAAGGCAACAAGAGCUUCACUCUGGACGCCCGCCUGGUGGAGUUCCUUUGGGUGCCGGACACCUACAUUGUGGAGUCCAAGAAGUCCUUCCUCCACGAAGUCACCGUGGGCAACAGGCUCGUCCGCCUCUUCUCCAAUGGCACAGUCCUGUAUGCGCUCAGAAUCACAACAACUGUGGCAUGCAACAUGGAUCUGUCUAAGUACCCCAUGGACACACAGACGUGCAAGUUGCAGCUGGAGAGUUGGGGCUACGACGGAAACGAUGUCGAGUUCAGCUGGCUGAGAGGGAAUGAUUCGGUGCGUGGGCUGGAAAACCUCCGCCUUGCUCAGUACACCAUACAACGGUACUUCACCUUAGUCACCAGGUCCCAGCAGGAGACAGGAAAUUACACCCGGUUGGUCUUGCAAUUCGAGCUGCGGAGGAACGUCCUGUACUUCAUUCUGGAGACCUAUGUCCCCUCCACUUUCCUGGUGGUGCUGUCCUGGGUGUCAUUUUGGAUCUCCCUGGAUUCCGUUCCCGCACGAACCUGCAUCGGAGUGACCACCGUGUUAUCAAUGACCACACUGAUGAUCGGGUCCCGCACGUCUCUUCCCAACACCAACUGCUUCAUCAAGGCCAUCGACGUGUACCUGGGGAUCUGCUUUAGCUUUGUGUUUGGGGCCUUGCUGGAGUAUGCUAUUGCUCACUACAGCUCCCUGCAGCAGAUGGAAGCCAAGAACAAGGGGUCAGCGAAGGAGGCAGAAGAGGUCAACAUCACUAACAUCAUCAACAGCUCCCUCUCCAGCUUUAAACGGAAGAUCAGCUUCGCCACCAUUGAAAUCUCUGGUGACAACGUUGACUACAGCAACCUGACAAUGAAAACCAGUGACAAGUUCAAGUUCGUCUUCCGAGAAAAGAUGGGAAGGAUUGUGGAUUAUUUCACAAUUCAAAACCCCAGCAAUGUCGACCGAUAUUCCAAACUACUGUUCCCUUUGGUUUUUAUGCUAGCCAACGUGUUCUACUGGGCGUACUACAUGUACUUCUGAGACGGCACUGGGCUUUACGUGUGCCGUGGUUCUCCAGCAGAACAAGGGGAUGAUGUGAAGGGAAUUCUAGGCCAAGCACGCAUUCUAGCACAAGGGUGCCACAAGUGGCUGAUAUGACCCUUAUUUCUGCUCAAAGGACGAGUUCUCGGCUCUUUGAAAUUCUAAGUUGGACAGCACAACAGGUUUUAUAAUGGACACAUCAGCCUGUACCUCUUUCACCUUAUGAAGGAUGGCCCGGUGGAGCACAGGGCUGACCAUGUGCCCAGUGGCUCCCUGGUCUGCUUUUAUUUCGUAUCCCACACGGGAAGGAGACAAUAACCCUCAAGUGUUGGGGUUUGUUUCUAAAUUAAUCAUACAAACUAUUUACCAAAUCUCUGCAGUGCUCAUAAAAUACACUGCUGCCCAUUUAGGGAGUAACAUUUUCAAGGUUUUGAUUAAAGUGAAAGGCAGGCCUAUGUCAAUUCACCUACUAACUCAAUAGUAGGAUGAGUUUUUAAUAAUGAGGAUCAUUUAGUAUUACAGCAGAAUUGUCUUCAAAUUCUAAUAAGUCCUCUCAUUGGAAAAUCCAAUGUAAGUGGAGAGAAAGUUAGUGGAUCAGUAAUCUAAAGCAUAAAUGCCUUGUUUCUAAGGUAUCGUGGGUCCCCAGGCCAGAAGACUCUAGGUCUUCACCCCCCUGUUAUACACGCCUUACUGUUUCACUGUGCGUGUGCAUCAGUCCCUAACACUGCAGUCGCCCUUUUCUUACAUCAGGGAGGGAAAUGGCAGCAUUUUCCAAGCUCAUUUAGGAGUCUUACCCAGGACGGUCGUCAUGAAGAAUCGAGUCCUUCUUCCAGCUACUGUCACUCAAUUCUGGCAAGAUACUAAAGGUACCAGGAGGACACAGUCAGGACGCAGUCAGAGGCCCUCUGUCCUUCUAUCAUUCCGAGAGCAACACUGAGCGCUACUUUGCCAGAGGCAGAUCCCCUGCAUCCUUCCAAGAGGAGCUUCCGUCCCUGGGCUCCAGUGACAGGAGUGAUGCCUAUUGGAUAAGGAGCCAUGUAACCCAGGGGAAGUGGCUUAGCCCAAGUAGGCUAGGCCAUGCUCAGAUCCUCCAGCUGUCCUCCUCUGAGCAUCCUACCCCAAAGGAGCAGGAGGACGCUGCCCCUGAGCCCUGAGUAUUCUGAAUCAGCAGGAGCAUGCUCCAGAACCCACGGGCAGGUUCCAGGCGAGCUGUCUUCUACAAGUCCAGCCGGCCCGCCCUGACACCAGGAGCAGCAGUGUGCCUCUGCCUCUGCCUCUCAGCCGGGCUCAGCCCACAGCAGCCAAGUAGCGCUCGCAGCUGUGCCAGGCCACGCUCCCGUUACUUCCAAGAACGUCACAUCUUCAGCUCUUUAGCUCCCUCUUCUAACAGUGCGCAGCUUUACCUUCCUUUCUGACGCCAACCGGCUCUAGAAGGUGGUUCCUCCUCCUCCCUGGCCGCCUCCGUGAGCGCUCAUUCUCUUUGCCAUUCUGACACUACUCCCAGUUCAGUUUCUAGGGGUUUGAUCACCUGAACUUCUAACGAAAUGUUUCUAAUGGGUGGGGGUGGGUGAGAGAGGUGGAAUGUGCUUGGAUGGUUCUGUCAUGUUUGUGACAUUUUUUAAAAAAAGAAUUAAAAAAUAAUUCUGCUCUGAAUUCCCAUUUAAGCUAUUAUAUAAGAACAACUGUAAAUAUGUGAAACUGUGAAAUAAAUGCACCACAUGAACUACCCACCAG